UACCAAGUCUUUAUCUCCCGAAGGCUUCUACAUGAAAUUAAGUGGCCACCGCAAGUUUCAACAUUUGAAAUGGGGACAACAAGAAGAUGCCGAAGAAUUUCUCGGAUAUUUGUUGGACGGAUUACAUGAAGAGUUGGUUCAUUCUAUCAGGGAAGUUAAUAAUGAGCAAAUUAGCUUAUUAUUGGAAACAGUUGCAGACAAUGAGACGAAAUUACAAAUCAAAAAUGCCAUCAAAAUCAUUAAGAAGUUGAAUAACUCAAGCAAUGGUGGUAAUGAUAAUGACAAUUCUAACGAUGAUGAUGACAAUGAAGGAUGGAAUGAAAUCGGGGGAGGUCAUAAAAAAGUCAGUUCCAAGAGAACGGUUGAAAUUGAACCAUCACCAAUAAAAACCAUUUUUGGAGGCCAGUUCAGAAGUGUGUUACAAAUUCCAAACAAAAAGGACCAAAGCAUCACUUUGGAUCCUUUCCAAUGCAUCCAACUUGACAUAAAAGCCGAUCAAAUUAAUAAUAUCGAAGAUGCAUUCAAGCAACUAAAUGAACCGGAACAAAUCCCCUUCAAGUUGAACGAUAAUAAAGAGGUUCUUGCCAAAAAGCAAACUUUCAUAGACAGCUUACCGGAUGUGCUAGUCAUUCAUUUGAAGAGAUUCAGUUUUGAAAACGUAAACAACGGAAACAUUGAAAAGUUAAGGAAGAAGAUUGAGUACACUCACAAGCUUAGCAUUCCUCUCGAGUUGUUUUCCAACUGGAGAAAGAGUGUCAACAGAGACUACAAAUUGACAGGAGUGGUGUACCAUCACGGGAUAAUAGCAGAAGGAGGUCAUUACACUUGUGAUGUAUUGAGACCAAUGACGGUAUCAGAUUCAAGUAGGUGGAUAAGGAUAGAUGACACCUCGAUCAACAACAUUGAUGAGGACGAUGUCUUAAGUAAUGAUGACGAUACCAAGAACGCAUACUUGUUAUUCUAUCAAAAGUUGUAAAUAUGUACAAUAAUGAUAAUAGUUCAAGUAUUGAAAAGCUUUAAAACUCUAGUAAUUUCUGCCAAAUUUGUUUUUUCUUGUAGGACAAUUUUUCAAAUUAACCAGCAUAAGACUAUAUUAACCAUUUAAGUCUACGAAUAUCAAUGAUAAAAACCUUCAAUCUACAUCAUUAGAAAGCCCACACUCCAUACAACAUUAUCAGUAUACCCAUGGCAUUUAAUUAUCUAACCCACUGCUAUUAUUCUAAGUAAAUGCCCUGUUAAUGAGCCAGCAGGCGGUGUGUGCCACACCAUUUUUUGACGAAAACCAAAAAAGAGUUAAAAAACGAAAACAACAGUAAACCCCCCUAUUUUGACUAAUAUUUUUGUAAAAUUGUACUGGUAUGAGAUUAUUUUCCCAUUCUUGACAGAUGUUUUUAACUCCUAACCUUUAUCUCUAAAAC